AUGCGCGCGGCCCAGGAGGAAACGGGCCAGGGCAAGCUGUUCUCCGCCAACAUUACGGCGGACGACCCCAACGAGAUGAUCGCGCGUGCCAAGUACAUCCUGAAUCAGAUGGGCCCGAUGGCGGAGAAUUGCGCCUUCUUGGUCGACGGCUACGUGGCUGGCGGCACUGCGGUGACCGUUGCGCGCCGCAACUUCCCGAAGCAGUUUCUGCACUACCACCGCGCCGGCCACGGCGCAGUGACCAGCCCGCAGACGCAGCGUGGGUACACCGCCUUCGUGCACACCAAGCUGUCGCGCGUCAUCGGUGCCAGCGGCAUCCACACGGGCACGAUGAGCUUCGGCAAGAUGGAGGGCGAUGCUUCGGACAAGAACAUCGGCUUCAUGCUACAGGACGACGUCGCCGACGGCCCGUACUACCGCCAGGAGUGGGAGGGCAUGAAGCAGACCACCCCGAUCAUCUCGGGUGGCAUGAACGCCCUGCGGCUGCCUGCGUUCUUUGAGAACCUGGGGCACUCGAACGUGAUCCUGACGGCCGGCGGUGGGGCGUUCGGGCACAAGGACGGGCCGAAGCAGGGCGCGAUCUCGUGCGCCCAGGGCGAGGAGUCGUGGAAGCUGUGGAAGGCAGGCACCUACGGCGACGUGAGCCUGUCGGACGGUGUCGUCGAGUACGCGAAGACACACGAGGAGCUCAAGGGCGCGUUCUUGACGUUCCAGAAGGAUGCGGACCAGAUCUACCCUGGCUGGAAGGAGAAGCUCGGCUACACCGGCGAGUCCUCCGUCCAGGCUGCCAGCUUCAAUUGGCAGAAGAAGGAUUUGGCCGCGGCGUUCGUUGGCGCCAGCACGACUCGCAAAGCGAGCUCCGUGGCCCGCCGCGCCUUGGACCAGUCGAGCCGCUACGCGGACCUCUCGUUGACGGAGGAGGACCUGAUCAAGAACGGCCAGCACGUGCUGGUGGCCUACAUCAUGAAGCCCAAGGCGGGUUACGACUACCUGGCCACGGCGGCGCACUUCGCGGCGGAGUCCUCCACCGGCACGAACGUGAACGUGUGCACCACUGACGACUUCACCAAGACUGUGGACGCGCUCGUUUACUACAUUGACCCGGAGAACGAGGAGAUGAAGAUCGCCUACCCGACGGCCUUGUUCGACCGCAACAUCACCGAUGGCCGCGCAAUGAUGUGUUCCGUUUUGACUCUCAGCAUCGGGAACAACCAGGGUAUGGGUGACGUCGACUACGGCAAGAUCUACGAUAUCUACUUCCCGCCGCAGUACCUGCGCCUGUUCGACGGGCCGUCGUGCUGCGUGAUCGACAUGUGGCGCAUCCUGGGCCGCGGCACCGUCGGCGGUGGCUGGUGGUCGGCACCAUCAUUAAGCCCAAGCUCGGCUUGCAGCCGAAGCCCUUCGGCCAGGCGUGCUAUGGCUUCUGGCAGGGCGGCGACUUCAUCAAGAACGACGAGCCGCAGGGCAACCAGACGUUCUGCCAAAUGA